AUGACUGUUCCCGGCCAGGAACGAUUCCUCAUAGGGUCGACUGUCGCAGAGCUAAAAGACCACGCAGCAGAAGGUCCGAGUGUUAUCGUCAAUGUCACGUAUAUGGGUGCAGAUGCCAUCCUCGUUUCCCAUUCCCAAGUCAAGCACCUUCUACUUCCCCAGUUAUCUGCGUUGAAGGCACCCCAAUUCAUUCAACGAAAGUUCAACAGGUCUGCCGCCUUUCGUAAUCAGGAUCUGUGGCGAGACAUAGGAGAAGACAAGCUCGCCGCCGAGCCGGAUCAGCUCUCGUGGUUAUGGACCAACCGCGUUGAAUUAAACCUUCGCGAACUGGAUACGCUGGGUGAAAUAUCCGUUGAACUUACGAGGGUCUGGUGGAUCGGAUCCGGCAUUGCCAGCUCUUUCCCCUUUCAUGCGGCCCAGGGCGAGUCUGGGUCUUGCCUCGACCGCGUGGUUUCGUCCUACACGCCAACAAUCAAGGCUCUGGGAUAUUCUCGAUCGCGGGCCCGUUCGGUCACAAAGCUGGAGGACGGCGGGAAAGCUUCAAUUCUUAUCAUCACAAUGCCAACAACUCCUAGCCAUGCUCCAGUGAAAGGUGCAGAGCGUGAAGCCGACCUACUCCUCCAGGGCGAAAAAGGGGUUGGCGUUCCCGUCGUCCACCGCUUAACCAUUUCGAUGAUCUCCAAAGUCGCGGCAGCAGGGCGGGCGAGAGUUGCCUUCCUGUCGGCGUGCUCCAGCGCGGAAAUAAAGGCAAGCAAGCUGGGCGAUGAGGGUCUUCAUCUCUCCAGCGCCUUCCAAGUCGCCGGGUUCGCAUCAGUCAUUGGGUCGCAAUGGCAUGUCUCUGACAGUGUCUGCGUCGAGCUAGCAAGGGCGUUCUAUACCCAGCUGGUCCGGUGUGGUCUUGCAUUUUCGAACCGAGAUGUUGCUGACGCUUUGAGGAGCGCCAUGCUGUACGUCCGCGGGCUAGAUCCGAACAAUCCCGAUCUAUGGUCUCCGUUUGUGCAUUGUGGUGCCUAG